GCGGUAGUGUAAAGAGCGCAGACCCUCGUUACCUAAAGCGAACGUGUUUAUCUUUUAGCACUUGGCUGGCACAAAUCCCCGUUCGCUAAUCGCUUCUCAUCAGAUCGUCGGGAUUCAGACGUCAUGCUUUCAUCCGUCAGAGGUAACGGAGCAUAACGUGAAUCCGCAGUCCGGGGAACAAACAUACAGACAUCCUCAUCAUCAUCAUCAUCAUCAUCAGCAGCAGCAGCAGCAGCUAGCUCAGUGAUGAUGAACAUGGAUUUAAGUGCCGUUAUAGAGGAGAUGGAGACGGGCGACCAAGACUCGGCUCUGACGGCUUUACAGAGCUACAACAAGCAGAUGAACCAGUGCUUUACAUUCAACAGGGAUGAGCAGAAGGACAGAGAGCAUCUGGGGGAGUUAGUGCUCGGUUUCCUGGACCGGGAGUUGCAGCCUUCCUGUCUGCUGGCCUGUCUGGAAACGGUUCGAAUCCUGUCCAGAGAUAAAAAUUGCCUGGACCCAUUCACCAACCAAUUCGCCAUGUCCACUCUUGCCCGCUAUGCUAGCAUUGCUGUGGACAGUGCUACCACACCUGCCCACAGCCAGUCAGUGGAUGGCCAAGAAGAGGAUGCGGGAGGAGACGAGGAAGAGACGGGACUAUGUAGUAAAGUGCUGAAAGAAUCUUCCCCUCCUUCAGAAAAUCCUGACCAGGAAGUGAUUGUUGAGGCACUCAAGUCCAUCUGCAACAUCCUGCUGCACAAUGAGACAGGACAGAUGGUAGCAGCAGAUCUGCAGCUAAUUAAAGGUGUGGCAGAGAGAUUGAAACAGUGUCAUGAUCCUACUUGGAACUAUGAGGUACGUUUCUUUGACUUGCGCCUAACCUUCCUGCUGACUGCCCUAAGAGUGGAUGUCAGGGCACAGCUGGCUCAGGAGCUUCAUGGUGUCAGCCUUCUAGGAAACCACUUGGAAGCCACACUGGGUCUAUGCUGCUCAGGGACCCUGGAGACAGCAAGAGCAGGUUUUGAAGGCAUCCCGACCGAAGAGCUGCCCCCACUGAGCCGGCAGCAGACAGAACUAGCUAUGGAGAUACUGAAAAUACUAUUCAACAUCACGUUUGACAUAAACAGACGCAAAGUUGAUGAGGAAGAGGCAGCUGUGUACAGACAUUUGGGAGCCAUACUGAGGCACUGUCUAAUGAGCCACGCUGAUGGAGAGGAGCGGACUGAAGAGUUUCACAGCCAUACUGUGAAUUUACUAGGUAACCUCCCUCUGCCUUGUUUGGAUGUAUUAUUGAUGCCCAAGGUGCAGCAAGGUUCCAUUGAAUAUAUGGGUGUCAACAUGGAUGCUGUGAACACGCUGCUAAAAUUCAUGGAGAAAAGACUUGACCGGGGUCAUAAGCUGAAGGAGACCCUUCUUCCAUCACUGAACUUGUUGACCGAGAGUGCCCGUAUCCACAGAGAGACCAGGAAGUUCCUCAGGUCAAAAGUGCUGCCACCACUACGUGAUGUGAAAAACAGGCCAGAGGUGGGCAACACGCUGAGGAAUAAAAUAGUCCGCCUUAUGACCCUCAUUGACACUGACGUCAAGGACUGUGCGGCUGAAUUCCUCUUUGUUCUCUGCAAAGAAAGUGUUUCAAGGUUCAUUAAGUAUACUGGAUAUGGCAAUGCUGCAGGCCUGCUGGCUGCCAGAGGACUGCUUAGAGGAGGUAAAGACCCUGGAAUCUACUCCGAGGAUGAGGACUCUGAGACAGAAGAGUACAGAGAGGCCAAAGCCCAAAUCAACCCAAUAACAGGAGUUGUAGAAGAGGAGCAGCCCAAUCCCAUGGAAGGAAUGACAGAAGAGCAAAAGGAAUAUGAAGCCAUGAAGUUGGUCCACAUGUUUGACAAACUGUCAAGAAACCAUUUAAUACAGCCCAUGCAGCUCGGUAUGGAUGGGACAAUGACAGAGAUGACUACAGAGGAUCCCCAUAAACUGACCAACAAGCCAUUGCUCCAGUCAGAAGACCCUCCUAAUUUAGACAGUGAGGAUGAAAACUGAAGAAGGAAACGAAUUCCAUCCAUGACAAUCCUAAAAAAAUCUGUGUCACUAUUUAAGCGAUUCAUAUAUCAUAAGUAUAAUUUUGUCGCAUUUUGCCCAAUUUAAUUGGCGAGGAAAGAAAAUGUUAAUUUGUUUAGUAAAUAUCAGAAACCGGUACACAAGAAGCCACUUAAAUGAUCAUAAACUCGAAUACAGAAUUCAGGUAAUUUUACAAGGAUGAUUAUUUUAAUAGGAAUAGUUUUUUCAUCCAAGAUAUUUAUGUUCAAUAAAAUAUAAAAAUGUAAUUACUAGGUUGUGUUAUGAAGCACUUAACUGACAACAAGUGGAAGAGAAAAUUCCUUAAACACUUUAUAUAAGGGAAAGAUGUCAGGGGACAAUGUAGCUAGCAAGCAUCAGAUGGUCGUUUGUAUGGCUGUGGGCAUGAUCAAGAGGAAGUGAGUGAAGUCAGGGGAGAGGUUUAGGUGGUGGAAGCUGAAGAAGGAAGAAUGAUGUGCAGUGUUCAAGGCUGAGUUGAUACAGGUGGUAGGAAGUGUUGCUACUUGACUGAGAAAGUACAGCUGUAGUGGUGAGGGAAACUGGCAGAAGGGUAUUUGGAGAGAUUGAGUUAGAAAAGAUAUGAAGCAGGUUUGGGUGAGUAAAGAUAGUGAUGGAAAUGUAAUGAAGAGAAUGUGUUCAGGAAGGAGAAGCUCAUCAAUGAAGAAAACGAGAAAGGACAGAAGUCAGUUGGUGAAUCAGGAAGUGUAAAGGAUUAGAAAGGAGGAAGGAAAGGGCAGCUAUGAAGAGGAUGAAGCAACGUGCCUGUGGAGGUUUGGAGAUGUCAGGGAGAGAGGGCAGUAGACUGUUUAACACGAUCCUGGAUAGUGGUAGGAUGCCUGAGGGAUGGACAAGUAGCAUACAAGUCCUGAUUUCAAUAACAAGAGUAAUGUGCAGAGCUGUCCUAAGUACAGAUUGGUAAAGUUGAUGCCACCAUACCAUGAAAAUAUGGAAAAGAGUUGUUGAAGCUAGGCUGAGAGGAGAUGUGGCAGCAAGGACCAGUACAGCUUCAUACAGAGAGCACUACAGAUGCAAUAUUUUUUUCUUUAGAGUUUUGAUGGAGAAGUAUGGAGCAGGUAAGAUGGAGCUGCACUGUGUGUUUGUGGCUCUGAAGAAAGCAUAAGACGCAGUGUGAAGAGGCACACAGGAGUGGUAGGGAAGGUGUGCAGUAUUAGUGUAAGAUGGGUUCAAGGUGGGGAUUGCAUUAGGGAUCUACAGUCCACAGAGGCCAGGCAGCAGUCUCUGUGGACUAUGACAUUAUGAGAGAACGGAGAGCAGAUGGAAGGUAACCUGAGAUGUGGAGGUAUGCUCUGGAGAGAGAGAGAGAGAGAGAGAGAGAUUGCGAGGGAGACAAGUGAUCCUGCAAGGAGCAGAGGUACUAUAGGUAAAUGAGUUUAAAUAAUUGGGAUAAACACCCCACAGUGUAUGAGAGGUGAAGAAGAGAGUCAAGGCAGGGUGGAGUGAGUGGAAAUGAGUGUCAGGGGUGAUUUGUGAGAGACACAUGGCAGCAAGAGAGCAAGGUUUAGAUGGUAAGGAGACCUCUUAUGAUAUAUGACUUGUAGAGGGUGGCACCUACUAAAAAAAGCAGGAGGUGCAGCUGUUUUCAUUAUCAGUGACCAGAACGGACAAGAUCAGAAAAGAAUACAUCAGAGGGACAGCUUAGGUUGAGCUUUUGGAAACAAAGUAGGCUGAGAUGGUGUGAGAGAUGUUAAGGAGGAGAGUAGAUAUAUUGGACAAAGGAUGUAUAAUAUGCUGCUGCCAGGCAGGAGGAAAAGACAGAGAGGAGAAUCAUGGAUGUAGUGAAGGAGGACAUGCAGAGGGUUGGUGUGCCAGAGGAGGAUACUAAGUGAGAAGGAGGCAGAUGGCGACUGUGAUGAUGUCAAAGUAGAGGAGCAGAGAAAAAGAAGGAAUAUGUGGGAAGCAUAUGAAAUGAGGAAUGAUUGGAUUCAAGUUAUAUGUAGAUUUUGCUGUUUUUUUAGGGAUCAAUUUUUUUAGGAUACUGUAUUUAUCUUAGUCGGCUCCUAAAUAUCAAAGAAUUAUCUUCCUUCCUCUCAGAGAUCUUCCUUCUUAUUUGCACCAGGACCCAUCUGAACCCAUCACAAUCAGUAGACUUUUGUAUAUGAAAAAAAGUGAUGAAAAAAAUGUUCAAAUUAUAAGUCUUCAAAAUACAUAUAGAUGGUUGGAUGUUUUACUUCAUUAUUUUCCAGCUUUUUUGAGCCCUCAUAAAUACAAGAUGCAGCCAUAAAUAUAUUUCUGAACGCUCAUAAGUACAAUAACUAGCCACAUGAAACCUUCAGGGUUGAAAAACACAGAUAUCAGCUAUACAGUCAUUACAAGUUUGUUUCAACCAAACUGAAAACCUGCAGAUUUCAGGCAAAGAAAAUGUAACCAUUGUCCAAAUCAGAAAUAUUACUGUCAUGACAACGCAUGGUUCCCUGUAAUAGUUCUGAAUGUUUAGAAUGAAGAUGUCUAUUUAGAUUUCAUAAAGCUGAAAUUGUUUUGUUUUUUUCCUGACAAAUACCACAUUGUGACUGUUGUUUACAGGGCACAGGGUAAUUUUUUUCGAGUAGAGACAUACUAUCUGCAGUCUCGUCAAAGGCGCUUGCAUGCGAAUUCGCAUGAUAAGGUGGGGCCAGGUUUCACAAUGAACACACCCGAAACUCUGGCUGAUUGAGACCCACGCCCAGU